CGUCCCCUCUUUCUCUCUCCCACCUCCUCAACUACACUUCACCUCUCCCUUCCCCCCGAGAACGCCUCGUCUUGAGAAUCCAUCUUCGUGCCUGCACCGCAUCCAAGUCUGCACCUUGUGCUUCUUGACCUCUCGAGCAUCUGAGCUCGGCUGCCCGUAUCGACGACCAACGCACUGCCUCUGCUGAUCUUGAGACAGCUUCACGGGGCGAAGCUGCUGAACCGGCCAGAGGUAGCUCUUCAUUUCAGGCGGCAGUUCCUGUCUUGCGCUUUCCAAUUCGUCUCUGCUCAAGCCUGCUAGUAGCUUCACCAUCGCGUCGAAGUCAGCGAUAAGUCAAGCUUGCUUGAAGAUCGCUUCAGAGCACAUCUGCUCCGGGAGAACCAGUGACAGAUUUAGUUUUUCACCACAGAGUAGCGGGAAAAGGAGUCCCCUUAAAAAAAGCUGCAAGUUUGCCCGAAGACACGAAUCUUGCUUGCAAUCAGCAACGAUCGAGAGUGGCACUCCCAGGUGCCCGUCUUUCAAAUGGCCUCAACUGACUUCCGCAAUGAGCCAACCUACGACAAUCCAUCAGCAUUCUUCGAAGCCAUGGACUACACAGACAGUGCAGCCAUCAACACGGACAUGUUGCUGUACGACACACCAGACUUUGACAGCUUCAAACCAGACCUCAAGCAGGCGGAAUCCACUAAUCCACUUCUGAACACGAGCGAAUUUGCUGGCUUCAAUUUGGACACCGGAUACUGGAAUCAACCGUCACAAUUUGGAUCCCUCACGUCUAUAAAUCCAGCUUUGUCGCCGCUGGACGGCAACCAGAGCUGUGACACAGGAUACGUAUCACAAGAAGGGUCACCUGACAACUCACCUGUCGGCAUCUCAGCAAUGCCAUUCGAAAACACUAGGCCUUCUAACACACACGAAAACGCAUCAAUAAAGGCAAGAAAGCGCUCAAGCACCAGCUCAACGAAAACAAAACAGCCAGAGACCAAGCCGCCUCGGAAAGCAAGGCGCACGAGCAAAGCAGCCUCCACAGACACGACGGCUGAGAGGACCGUGGAUGACGAAAAACGUGAGCAAUUCCUUGCACGCAAUCGAGAAGCUGCGUCGAAAUGUCGGCAAAAGAAAAAGGAGUGGACACAAGAUCUUGAACAACGGGCCCGCGACCUUGCAGCUCAAAAGCAGAUGCUCACGACAUAUCUCGCGAUGCUCAAAAACGAGUUGCUCAUGCUCAAGUGCAAGUGUCUCGAGCACAGCGACUGUGACUGUGAGGCCAUCCGCAACUAUCUUAAGAGCACCGUCACUACCAUGCCGCCUGCCAAUACGGCACUGUAUACAAAGUUAAGCGACAAGGACGCAAAUGCAAUCAGUGGAGAGAUUGCAAGGAAGCAGAGCUGCAUUGAUCUUGACGCUAUGAGUCCGAGUGACCUGGUGUCCUCGCCAGAUUCUGGUGAAGAUGGCGCAGGUUUUCUGAAUCUACAAGCAGAAGUCGAUGCCUCUGGAAAGGACUAAGCAGACAAGUUUCGGAAUUGCCUUUUCUUGAUACAUCACCUAAUCGCGUACCCCUUCCUGCUUCACCUACGAGGAGGGACCACCUGAUCAGGGAGGGAAAAAGAGAAAAGCGGAUGGACGCUUUUUCGGAACCAAAUAAAUUGGCCGCAACUUGUUAUUGCCGUUGUUGAGCGUUCCUCGUCUCGUCGUUCAUCACGGCAAUUGUACCAACACCCGCUUUGUUUUGCAUCUGUUUGGGGUGUUUUAUCACUAAACAUGAGGGUCUAAAAAUAAGUCUUAAGACACAGCAUCGAUGGCUGACUUUUAAGGGAUGAGAACAAAAGCGUGUAUAUUGAUAGGUCUGAGGGUAAACGAACUUAUGAAUGUAGCAGUCAUUGUAAUGAAACCAAAGCGCGCUAAAAUUCAUCGCUUAUGUUUGGUAACACCGCCAGUGCGUCUAGUUCAUGUACACUGUAGUAUGCUCUUCAGGGAAAACUUGGCUCUAUCAUGUCCGCUCCUGGGCGAGAACAUGGGGCAUGUGAACGAUGGCGAUAUAA